AUGAGGAGGAUGAGAAGGCAGAGGCUGCAUCAGCGAGGUCUGCCGGACCAUGUCCUCCACGAAAUUCUGGCCUGUCUUCCCACCCGCAUUGCCGUCAGCGCCUCCCUCCUCUCGCGGCGAUGGCGGACGGUCUGGACGACGUCCCCCGACCUCUCCUUCACCACCGGCCUCUCCCCCUCCUUCGUCGACUCCGCCCUCCGCCUUCGCGACCCCGCCGUCCCCCUCCGCUCCUUCUCCCUCGUCGCCGCUUCCGCCGACUCCGACCGCGCCCAACUCCCCUCCUGGAUCCGCCGCGCAGCAGCCAGCACCGCACUGGAAUGCCUCACCGUCAGAACUUACGCUCAGAAACAUGGGCGGCGCUUGGGCAUCGUAUCCGCGGCAGCCUUCCACCCGCCCUCUUUAGGAGUGCCCGAGGUCCUCCGCCUGCCCUCCUUACGAGUGCUCGAGCUCGCCUUCCCCGGAGGAGGAAUAACGCAGGUGGAAUGGCCCGCCGCCCGCUUUCCUACCUUCCUUGCAGAGGCUCGAUCUCGCCAACCUAAGCUUGUUUCUGCCCGCCGGGGACGCCAUCUCGAGCAGCUGCCCGGCGCUCAAGUACUGCCGGCUGUCGCUCUUCGCCGCCGCAGAUCCCUAGCUCGCUCGUCGAGCAUGAUCUGA